CACACGACACCUUACCACUGUUACUCCUUUUUUGUUUGACAUAGCGCCUUUCUUUAUUCGUCUUGGCUCUGCCGCUCUCUGUCUAUAGAAGGCAUAGGAGCCAACCUGCAUUUUCAUUUCUUGGCUCCCUUUCUAUUCGUACCUGCCCAGACUCUAGUACCGUCAUUCUCUAUGAAUUUCAUGUCGACUUCCAUUCAUUGAAGAGUACUGUAUACAUCGCUUCUCUGGCAUUGAUUGCCACUUGUAUUGAAUAUAAAUACUUUUGAUACUCCCUUUCUUACCAAGCGGACCUCCGCAGCCCACCUACAAGCACUCAACUGUGUAUCCUCAUAUCCGUCGAUAUCCACCACGCUGAGAAGUAUCUUUGAAGAAAAUAAGCAGGGCAGAAUCUUCAAUCAAUCUAUUUUCAAUCAAGCUCGGCCGUCACUCUUCUCAAUCAUCAAGAUGCGUUUGUCAUUGCUAUUGUUUUUGCCAGCGCUACUAUCAGUGUUAUCAAUAGCGUUACCACACCAACAGAAUGAGUCUCAUUGCCAUACUCGAUCCCCAAGGAUACACCAAGAUAUGAGCGGAAGAGAGGGUGAUCCGCCAGAGAAGUUUUUCCAUGAGAGCAUAUUCCACGCGCAUUAUGAUGGUCGAUAUGCGGACCAUGAAUUGGGAUACCGGGAACGAAAAGAAGUUCUAACGAACUCAAUCCAAACCUACCUUACCACAAUGGCUGACAUUGGAGUGGAAACAUGGAUUAUGCAUGGCACUCUUCUUGGAUGGUGGUGGAAUCGAAAGGUAUUUUGAGACCUUAGCCCCCACCUCCGCAUCAAGGCCCAGUCAUACUAAUAAGAACUAUGUAGAUUCUUCCAUGGGACUCCGAUUCAGACGUUCAAGUAACAGAAGCAACCAUGAGUUACCUUGCGUCCUUUUACAACAUGACAACGUACUAUUAUCAAACACCACGUAUACCCGGCGGUCGGGAAUAUAUGCUUGAAAUCAAUCCACACUACAUCAACAAAAGCCAACAAGAUAGUUUGAAUGUCAUUGACGCUCGAUGGGUCGACAUGACAAGUGGGCUCUUCAUCGAUAUUACCGCCGUAAGAUAUGACCGGGAUCUAGGACUUCUUGAAUGUAAAGAUGGGCAUCAAUACUAUGUAAGCUGGUACUCCGUACCUGUCUACGGCCUUUCCCCAUUAACGACUUCUAGAAGACGGAGAUUUUCCCAUUGAGAGAUACCUUUUUCGAAGGAACGGCUGCGAAAAUCCCGUUCAAAUACAAGCAAAUUCUUGAGGAUGAGUACACUCAGAACUCGCUUACAGAUACCAUCUUUGAAGGGUCCGUACUUCCUCUCUUCGUCUAUCGAUGAUGUAAUUAACAAGAGUCAGGCAUAAAUUCAACGAAGUCACCGAAGAAUGGGUACCUAUAAAUGAAGACCUCGAUGUGUCCGCAGACGAUCCAUUCGCCUCCCCAUAUAUCAAGCCACUUAGCAUAAAAAACGGUGGAAAAUACACAUCCGAGGAUAAACAAACUCAAUACAUCUAUCACCCUGAAGAGGUAGACUCAGAAACCGAUACUACUGCUGACGACAACUUGAGCUUAUCACGCCCCGCUCUCAACCACAAGCACAUUUCAUCAGAACCCAUGCCUGAUCCAUCUGUCGAAGAACAAUCUGCGGGGCAAGAUAUCGUCUCCGUAAAUUCACAUGGUGAGGAGCUGGUUAAGAAAUCGCAAGAUGAGGACGUGAUAGCUCUUGAAACCGUUUUAAACUUGCAAAAGAAGGCCGAACGGAUAGAGGCGAGAUGCAGAGGAAGCCGUAGGAAAUGUUUUUGAUUGUCCUAUCUAUUAGUAGAUGUUCCUGAGCGGGUGUUACGGAGUUUUGGGAGUAAGGUAUGGAAAAGAAAUAGGAAAUCCUUUUGGGUAGUUUUUGGAGUGUGGAGUUGUGCAUGCUUAGAUUAAGAAUAAUGAACUUGGCAUUGCUCAGUCUACAUUGUUCGGAGGACUUUCCUUCUACACUGGAAUAGCAACUUUUACCCAG